AUGGAAUUUCCUGAACUUGGCAAACGAUGCACAGCAGAAGCCUGCAAUUUGUAUGACUUUUUACCUUAUACUUGUGUCAACUGUAAAAAGGUUUUUUGCCAAGACCAUUUUAAAUUACAAGCGCAUCAUUGUCCUAGUCUAAAUGAUCCUAGUUUUGAUAUUCGCGUACCUAUUUGUCCUAUUUGUGAGAAACCAGUACCAUCUAAGCGAGGCGUUGAUCCCAACAUUAGAAUGAACGAUCAUAUUCAAAGUAAUUGUUCAGAUUUAGAACCGAGGCACGACAAUACAUGCAGAAAAAAGGGUUGCACAACAAAAAUGUUGGUUCCAAUGCAAUGCCCUGAAUGUGGUUUAUCAUAUUGCGUGAAGCAUAGAUUAGCAGUAGACCAUCAAUGUCAAGGAAAGACGAGCACGAAAAAGAAGCCAGUACCAAAUAAAUCAGUAGACACUUCGAGAGCAGAGAUGGAGCGACAGAGAAGAGAAAGAACUAAAGCAGGGGAAAAUUACAGAACAUGA